AUGGAAUAUUGGCACUAUGUGGAAACUACGUCAUCGGGUCAACCUCUUCUUCGAGAAGGCGAAAAAGAUAUCUUUAUCGAUCAAUCUGUAGGCCUUUACCAUGGCAAAUCAAAAAUACUGCAAAGACAGAGGGGCAGAGUUUUCUUAACUUCACAAAGGAUCAUCUAUAUCGAUGAUAUCAAGCCCACUUAUAACUCGCUUGGACUGGAAUUGGAUGACAUAGCGUAUGUAAAUUAUUCGUCAGGAUUCCUGACAAGGUCGCCUCGUUUAAUUCUGUUUUUCAAGGACUCUUCCAGUAAGGACGCACUUGAGAAGAUUGUGAAUACUGCAAAUGAUAUUGUUGUUUCAACGUGGGUCUGCCCCAUUUGUAUGGUGUCGAACGAAACAGAGGGAGAAUUUACCAGGGACACUCUACCUGCACCCAAUUGUAUCAAUUGCGGUGUGCCUGCGGAUUAUGAACUCACUAAGUCUUCGAUAAAUUCUUCUAAUGCAAUAGAAUUGAACUCAAACUCAGAAAAUAAAUUUGUAUCGAGCUCUGGGAAUGUUUGUCCCGCAUGUACUUUUGCUAACCAUCCUCAAAUAGGUAACUGUGAAAUUUGCGGUCACAGAUUGCCUAAUGCUUCUAAGAUACGAUCUAAAAUUAGCAGGCUUAAAAACUUUCAUGAUUCUAGAAUCCAUAUUGAGUUGGAAAAACAUUCACUAGGUAAAAGCAAGAGCUCACACUCGACACCAUCUUCCUCCUAUUCAACAACAACACCCACAGAGUUUGUGCAAUUGAGCUUCCGUAAAUCUGAUGGUGUUUUGUUUUCGCAAGCCACCGAGAGGGCUUUGGAGAAUAUACUUAGUGAAAAGAACAAGUAUAUUUUCAACCAGAACGUGGUCUCUGUCAAUGGUAUAGAAAUAACAAAGGAGGCAAAUGCUCACGACUACAAUAAUGAUAUGCCAUUCAUAGAGACCAAGUUGAGCAGAAUUGGCAUUGCUAGCUUGGAAAAAACCAGAGAAAACCAGCUUUUGAAUAAUGAUAUCCUUUUCAAUAAUGCGUUGACCGACCUUAAUAAGCUAAUGUCUUUGGCCACCAGCAUUGAGAGGUUAUACAAAAAUAGUAACAAAACAAUGAAAACGAAAACAAUGAACCUUCCGGAUGAAUCGACCCUAAAUGAAUCAAAAAUAAGAAGACCGCUACUAAUACUAGAUAGAGAAAAAUUCCUUAACAAAGGGUUGUUCUUGGAUGAGAUCGCAAGGGAAAUUUAUGAGUUUACAUUAUCUGAAUUCAAAGACCUCAACGACGACGACAACAAUACCAAUUAUAUGAUCAUUACUCUGGUAGAUCUAUAUGCAAUGUACAACAAAUCUAUGCGUAUAGGUACAGGCCUCAUAUCUCCAAUGGAAAUGAGAGAAGCAUGCGAAAGGUUUGAGCAUCUAGGCUUAAACGAAUUGAGAUUAGUGAAAGUUAAUAAGAGAAUUCUAUGUUUAACGAGCGAAAAGUUUGACGUUGUAAAAGAUAAAUUAGUAGAUUUGAUAGGUGAAUAUCCCGGCUCUGAUCUUCUAAAACUGACACAAAUCUUGAGUUCGAGUAAUUCAAAAUCGAACUGGACGUUAGGUAUCCUUAUGGAAAUGUUGCAGAAUUGUGUUAAUGAGGGCGAUUUGCUGAUAGACAAACAGCUUAGUGGAAUUUACUAUUAUAAAAACUCUUAUUGGCCCUCGCAUACAUAA